AUGACAUCCACUGAUAUCGCUAUGAAAUAUCUGAAAGAACUUAUCAAUAGAAGCUUAAUCCAAGCUCAACAGAUACGGGAAGAUGGCAAAUUACAGAGAUGUGGUGUUCAUGAUUUUCUGCGUGAAGUCAUUAUCUCAAAAUCUAAAGAACAAAGCUUCACAACCAUAGCCACUGGAUAUUACACAAGAUGGCCUGACAAAGUUCGACACCUAGCAAUCCACAAAUUCACUGAUAAUCCACAAGGCUUUGGCAGCUUGAAGUGUCUUCGGUUUGUGGAAAUAUUUGGGUAUGAAGAUCCUCUCACAACUUCAUUUUUAUCCAAGUUUUUACGUGGUGGCCCUAUGCUGCUAAAGGUGUUGGAUUUAGAUGGAGCUGAAUUGGACAACAUCCCAAAGGAAGUCUUCAAACUAUUUCAACUCAAGUGUCUUGGUCUUUGUAGAACCAAAAUUAAAAUUAUUCCAAAGUCUAUUAGGAAGCUUAAAAACCUUGAAGUUUUAGCUCUGAUGGAAACCAGCAUAAAAGAGUUGCCUGUGGAGAUUGUAAAGCUAAGAAAACUACGUUCGCUUUCCUUAGGCGGAAGUGGUGAUUAUUCAAAUAACUUUGCAGCCUGGGGUGGUAAAUCUCCAGAUGGAAUUGGAAAGCUUCUUUCCUUGGAGGAUUUGAAUACCAUAGAAGCAGACAGUGAUAAAACAGUAAGGGAGAUUGGCAAGCUCAUGCAGCUACGGCGAUUAUCCAUCACAAAGUUGAGGGGAAAAGAUGGAAAGGAGUUGCUCUCCUCCCUUCUGAGGCUGACCAACCUUCAAGAAUUGUGCAUCUCUUGCUUUAAAGAAGAUGAGACCCUUGAUUUCCAACAUUCUAUCUCUCCGAAACUUGGAUUCCUUACAUUACUAUGGUUGAAUGGGCGUUUGGAGAGAGUACCACAAUGGGUGAUAUCACUUCAAUCCUUGAGCAUCUUACGCUUGUACAAUAGUGGGUUCAGAGAAGAUGAGAAUGCAAUAGGCUCCCUUGGAUGUUUGCCUAGUCUAGUAAUACUUGGUCUCAUUUUUGCUUAUGAUGGGGAGACACUGUGUUUCAAGAAUGGAGGAUUCCGAAAACUCCAGACUUUAGAGCUUAUGCAAUUCAAAAGAUUAAAAUGGAUGAGAGUGGAAGAGGAAUCAAUGCCUAGUCUCAAAAAAUUGAACUUGGUUGUAAGCUGA